AUGAAGUCCAGCUACAAUAAUCUCCUCACAAUUACCGUACUCACUACCUACAUAACCCCCAGUUACAGUAUCAACUGUCUUCAAUGUUCCGGCUGGAACGGACGAGGAUAUGCACCAAGGCAUGACACUAUCAAUCCAUGUGACAAUCCGAAUAAUGCCUGUUCGACCGGUCAAUUUUGUGUCAAAAUUAUCGACCCAAUCUUUCAUGGUACAGGAUAUAAAACGUACAAAAGUGAUUGCUAGUAAGUGUUUGCAUAUCUUACCCUACCCUACCCUACCCUACUCUACCCUACCCUACCCUCCCCUAACCUACCCUACUUUACCCUAUCCUACUGUAACCAACAUUACCUUUCGGUCGAUUCUGCCUCAGUUUCAACUCAAAAUCGACCCCUUUUCUCCCUUUUUUUGUUGAAGAUCGACCGUUUUUCCGAACUUUCAUUCCAAAAUCGACCGUUUUCUCCUUUUUUUUAAAUUUAAAAUCGACCGUUUUCUCUCAUUUCUAACUAAAAAUCGACCGUUUUUCUAAAUUUUCGUCUAAAAAUUGACUGUUUUUCCUAAUUUUCAACCAAAAAAUCGACCGUUUUCAAAAUCCAAAUAGAAAAUAAACAUUUUUAUAAAAGUUUAUAUCUGAAAUCGACCAUUUUUUCAAAUUUCCAACUAAAAAUCGACCAUUUCAGUGCCUCGACCACGUUCAGUUCGACCACAAACACUUCAACAAUCGAAUCCGGUCGAUGUUACAACUACACAGAUGGUGGAAACCCACCAAAAACCUUUUAUUACUGCUUCUGUAACAACCGGGAUUACUGUAACUCAGCGCCAAGUCUUUCAAUUUUCGUUGGAUUUCCUUUGAUUCUCUCGAUAUUAUCCUACCUUUUGGCUAAAAAAUUGUAA